AUGUUACGUGAGGAAGACGUGAAUCCAAAAGGCAUCUUCGUUGACGGUCUGCCCGAAACAACAAGGGACUGCGAUCUAUUUGCGUACUUUUCUCAAUUCGGCCUCAUGACUUCUGUUUUUGUUAUCAAAGACUGCCUGAAAAAGUAUCAGGACAGGGAUUCUUGCCGCUGUGGUAUCGUAAUUUUCCGUGACGCUGAUGCAGUCAACAAGGUGUUUUCUGCACAGCCGCACCAGUUAAAUGCAAAGAAAAUCACCGUUGAACCGGCAAAGAAGAGGAACGCCGACGACGGAAAAUUCGGAUUUUCAGUAUCCAAGACGGAAAACGAUGACUGCCAGUCCAAGGACGAGAAUACAAUCAGCGAUGCUAGUGCACAAUCCUCCAACCACCCAGAUAUAUAUGUGGGCUACCUAACACCAGAGGUCACAGAGUCUCAGCUUGAGGCCUACUUCUCUGCGUUCGGCAGGGUAACAAAGGCCCAAGUAGUAUACGAUCGGGACACCGGCCAGUCCCGCGGCUUCGGCUUCGUCACAUUUGCUGACAACACAGCUUUCAAGGAGGGCGUGCUGGAGGUCUGCCACUUCCUUAACGGCAGUCGCCUCACAGUCAAACCUUCGAGGAGAAAUGCACAUUAUGUUGACAGGUGA